UCCGUUUUCCUUCCUCACUUGACCACUGGUUGGCAUGUUGACCAAGCAAUCCUCGGCGAGGAGGAUCGCCUGGUUUGCAUUCGUUUUGGGAGAGACAGCGACCCUACAUGUAUGGCGCAGGAUGAAGUUCUCUACAAGAUUGCCGACAGGGUCAAGAACUUCUGCGUCAUCUACCUGUGCGACUUGGACCAGGUCCCCGACUUCAACCAGAUGUACGAGCUCUACGACCCCUGUACCAUCAUGUGGUUCUUCCGCAACAAACACAUGAUGAUCGAUCUGGGAACCGGUAACAACAACAAGCUCAACUUUGUCCUCGAGGACAAGCAGGAGCUCAUCGACAUCUGCGAGACCAUCUACAAAGGCGCCAAGAAGGGACGUGGUUUGGUUGUCAGCCCCAAGGACUACUCGACUCGUUACAGAUACUAG